AACCAAAGAACGAACAUAUACGAUGUCAAACCCCGCAUCCCGAAUACGAGCCUAUGGCUCCAGCAACUGCGUCAUGUCAUACCAUUAUUAUCAAUAUAAAAGAAACCACUCCUACCUCAAAACUCCCACCCCACACCAAGCCAACAAACUAAACAGACCCCUCUAUACACCAUAUAUGAAUCUCCAACCGACGAGAUGCACAUCGCCAUCCUCCCCGCCUCCCCCAAAACCGCCCAGGCAACAAUCCGCACCCUCCUAAACACUAACAAACAGGAUAUCCACAUCAAAGCCUUCUACCGCGACCUCUCCCGCGUUCCCGCAUCCUUCCUCUCACACCCUAAUUUCCACGCCGUAAAGGGCGACGUAGGCGACGCAAAUACCCUGGACCUAACCGGCAUCGACGCCGUCCUCGUAAUCACACCCCCCGUCUACGAUGGAUCAGAUUACCUCGAGCACGCCCGCCUUGUAUCGCAGAAUACACGCACUGCGAUUCAGAAAGCCGGCGUGAAACGCGUAGUCCUUCUUUCAAGUGCGGGGGCGGAACAUGAGUCCGGGACAGGAGAGAUACUAACGAACCACACCGCCGAGACGAUCCUCCGAGACUCCGCUCCUGAGGUCGUGCUGGCCAGAUGUGCUUAUUUUAUGGAGAACUGGGCGACUGGGGUUGCGACUGUGCGGUCUGAGACUCCGCAUUUGUAUUCUUGUAUUGUGCCGAGGGAUUUUGGGGUCCCGAUGGUUGCCGCUAAGGAUAUGGCGCGGGCUUUUGUUGACUAUUUACUCGCUUCCCGAAUUCCCGAGAGUCCUUUUGUGGUUGAGGUCCAGGGACCGAGGGAGUAUACUUCGGUUGAUGUGCAAAGGGCGUUUGAGGAAGCUAUUGGGAAGGAGGUUGAGCUUAGGCUUGUUCAAGGUGAGGAUUUGUUGCAGUUCUUCGGGGCGUUUUUGCCGAAGAAUACGGCGGAGGGGUUUGUGGAGAUGACGAGGGCUUUUUUGCCAGGGGGAGUUAUGCACAAGGCUGGUGCCUGGGGUGACCGUCCGGUUUGGAAAGGGGAGACGGAGUUAAGGGACGUUGUUAGGGAGCUUUGUGAAGGGUCUGAUGAGUGAAGUUUGUAUAUUGUGGGAAUGGGGGUUGAUGUAUGUGAGGAAUAAAUUGUACAUGACUUCAAUUGCAAUGGGUAAUGUUGAGGUCCAUUCAACUGGAUUGGUCUCUGUGGGGGUUAGUAAAUGGGUCCAAAGUCUUGUCUCAGGCGUUAUAUCUUCUAUCGUUAUAUCCCUGGUUCUUUCUCAAAAUCGUCUCGUACAGCUCAAUAUCAUGCUGCGUAGGCUCAGGGCGUCUUGAAAGUGCUAGAAGUGCUCGUUUGCCUGAUAACGAGUCUGACAAGCAAUAUGAUGAUCAUUUGAACGAUCCGAAAGAGUCUCCAUCAUAAAGCAAGUAGCUCAGCGACACUUCGAUCCUAUUAAAAGAAGCCGCCACCUACUCGAGA